CCCGUAUACCCAUCCACACCCUCUCUGAUCGCGACCAGGGCCAGGCCUCCGGUUUUGUCUCUGGUUCACACAGUCUUCGUUCUUUUUCCGUACAUACAAUUUCACCUCCAGAGCGCGGACACCGUUAUCAUCCCGGAAUCUUCGCGUAUGUCCUGAUCGCUCACUUCCACCAACAUGGGCCAAACAAAGCGCCGCGAAGGCAAGUCCUCUCGCGCCCCAAAGGCCUCUCUUUUCGGAGGAGGAAAGUCCAGUCAUGCAGAUUCGGGACAGCCACAGAUCAAGAAAGCCGCUUUCGAAAUCACAAAGAAGAAAGAGGUGGGUGUUUCAGAUCUCACGUUGUUGAGCAAAGUCUCCAAUGAAGCAAUCAACGACAACCUCAAGAAGCGAUUCGAACAUGGGGAGAUCUACACCUACAUCGGCCAUGUGUUGGUCUCGGUUAACCCAUUCCGGGAUUUGGGAAUCUACACCGAUCAAGUGCUGGACUCUUAUCGAGGCAGAAACAGACUCGAGGUCCCUCCUCAUGUCUUUGCGGUCGCAGAGUCUUCAUACUACAACAUGAAAGCGUACAAAGAGAACCAGUGCGUCAUCAUUUCUGGAGAGUCAGGCGCAGGCAAGACAGAAGCCGCCAAACGUCUGAUGCAGUACAUUGCCAAUGUCUCGGGUGGGAGCGAUACCGGCAUUCAGAGAGUCAAAGACAUGGUCUUGGCUACAAAUCCGCUUCUCGAGUCCUUUGGCAAUGCCAAAACACUUCGAAAUAACAACUCGUCUCGUUUCGGGAAAUACCUAGAACUCGAAUUCAAUCAGAACGGGGAGCCCGUGGGGGCCAAAAUCACAAAUUACUUACUAGAGUCGUCGAGAGUCGUGGGUCAGAUUACGAAUGAACGAAACUUCCACAUCUUCUACCAGUUUACGAAAGCAGCGCCGAAGGAGUACAGAGACACGUUCGGGGUUCAACAACCACAGGCAUACGUAUACACAAGCAGAUCAAAAUGUUUCGAUGUACCUGGUAUAGAUGACGCCAGUGAUUUCAAGGAUACACUUCAAGCCAUGCAGAUUAUUGGAUUGGCCAAGGCUGAGCAAGACAACAUCUUCCGCAUGUUGGCAGCAAUAUUGUGGAUCGGCAACAUUACUUUCAGGGAGAACGACCAAGGUGGUGUUGAUAUUUCGGACCAGUCAGUGGUUGAUUUCGUGGCUUAUUUACUCGAAGUCGAGUCAGCACAUGUUCACAAAGCCUUGACCAUCAGAAUCGUCGAAACUUCACGAGGUGGUGGACGACGAGGUUCCAUAUACGAAUCGCCUCUCAACCCGGUACAGGCGAUGGCAGUGCGGGACGCCCUUGCUAAGGCCGUCUAUUUCAGACUUUUCGACUGGAUCGUCGCUCGGACCAACGUCUCCUUGAGAGCUCAAGGCGCAGUCAAAAACACGAUCGGUAUCCUCGAUAUUUACGGAUUCGAAAUCUUCGAAAAGAAUUCUUUCGAGCAACUGUGUAUCAACUACGUCAACGAGAAGUUGCAACAGAUCUUUAUUCAAUUGACACUGAAGGCCGAGCAGGAUGAAUAUGCUCGCGAACAGAUACAAUGGACCCCGAUCAAGUACUUCGACAACAAAGUCGUCUGCUCGUUGAUCGAAGACAAGAGGCCGCCUGGUGUCUUCGCUGCACUCAACGAUGCUUGCGCCACUGCACAUGCUGAUUCUGGAGCGGCCGACCAGACAUUCGUUGGCCGUCUCAACUUUCUCUCCAGCAAUCCAAACUUUGAGAACCGACAAGGCCAAUUCAUCAUCAAACACUACGCGGGCGACGUGAACUACCAGGUUGCUGGAAUGACUGACAAGAACAAAGAUCAACUACUGAAGGAUUUGCUGAAUCUUGUUGGUGAGAGCUCGAAUAGCUUUCUCCAUGAGCUUUUCCCCAAUCAGGUCGAUCAGGAUGAUAAGCGCCGCCCACCGACCGCUGGCGACAAGAUCAGAGCCUCCGCCAAUGAACUCGUCGAGACCUUGAUGCAAGCUCAACCCUCCUACAUUCGAACCAUCAAGCCCAACGAGAACAAGUCACCCAAGGAAUACAACGAGCCAAACGUUCUGCAUCAGAUCAAAUACCUAGGUCUUCAGGAGAACGUUCGAAUUCGAAGAGCUGGUUUCGCCUAUCGUCAAGCAUUCGAGAAAUUCGUCGAAAGAUUUGCGCUACUCUCACCCAGACUUUCUUAUGCAGGAGAGUAUACAUAUACCGGCGAUGUAAGGACAGCUUCAGAAAUCAUAUUCAAAGACACAAGCAUUCCACCAGAAGAGUAUCAGAUGGGUGUCACCAAAGCUUUUAUCAAAAGUCCGGAGACGUUGUUCGGCCUGGAGCAUAUGAGAGAUCGAUACUGGCACAACAUGGCAAUUCGUAUCCAACGAGCCUGGAGAAAUUAUCUUCGAUAUCGUGCUGAAGCCGCGACAAGGAUUCAGCGAUUUUGGCGCAAAUCCAAAGUCGGUGUCAAGGAAAUCGAGUUCCGAGAUCAAGGACAUCAACUACUUGGAGGCCGAAAAGAACGUCGCAGAUACAGUUUGCUUGGAUCGAGACGCUUCUUUGGCGACUAUCUAGGUCUCAACAUGCCAGGCGGUCAGGGUCGUGUCCUCCGAGAUGCAAUCAAUUUGAAUCCGCAGGAACGAUGCGUCUUCUCGUCCCGUUGCGAACUGUUGGUGGCGAAGUUUGGGAGGUCCUCCAAGCCCCUACCCCGGAUUCUGGUUCUCACCAACAAAUCAGUCUACAUUGUGGUGCAAGCUGUGGUGAACAACCAGCUUCAGAUUUCGUCCGAAAGGACGAUACCUGUUGGGGCAGUCAAAUACAUUUCGACAUCGAAUCUUCGUGAUGACUGGUUUGCACUCGGUGUCGGUUCUCCCCAAGAGCCUGAUCCUUUGAUCAGUUGCGUCUUCAAAACGGAGUUUUUCUUGCAAUUUAAGACCGUCGCAGUCGGAGGCAUGAAUCUCAAGAUCGGCCCUACAGUCGAGUACAAUAAGAAGCCAGGCAAACCUGCAUCCGUCAAAGUGCAGAAAGACCCUGCAGUCCCCAGAGACGACGUAUACAAAUCCGGAACGAUCCAUGUUCCUCAAGGCGAAUCACCAAACUCGGUUUCAAGACCUACUCCUCGUGGCAAAGCAAUUGCUAAGCCCAUCACCAGUGGCAAGCUGCUUCGACCUGGUGGCCCAGGUGGUCAGCCUUCGAAAGCAGCCACACGGCGACCCGUUCCAGCAGCUAGACCGGCUGCACAAACUCCACGCCCCGUCCCUGCUCCUGCCCCUGCUGCCACCUCUAUUCACCAUGCCGUCACUUCUCACCCAAACGGUCCUUCAUCUCAUGCCCGUAACGAGUCCGCAUCCUCAAUUGGCCGGGCCGGUCCUCCCCCACCGCCACCUCCCCCGCCCGCAGCUGCUCCAGCUGCUGUACCAUCCAAACCUCAAGCCAAAGCCAAGUACGACUUCAACUCGCCGAAUGACAACGAGUUGAACAUCAAGACGGGCGACAUUGUGGAGAUCCUGAAGAAGGAAAACAAUGGCUGGUGGCUCUGCAAGAACAUCCAAACCCACAAGGAAGGCUGGACACCGACAGCCUAUGUGGAGGAAAUCGAGCAAGUUCGUGCAGCUCCCCCACCACCACCACCUCCUCCGGCCGCACCUCCUCGUGCCGUACCGACGCCGGUCGUUGCCAACGGCCAUACUCGACCUUCUGCGCCACCGGUUGGGGCGAAGGCGAAGCCCACCCCACCGGCACCACCAGCCAAAAGACCGGUGCCUGCUGCGCGGAAGCCCGCAGCAUCGCCGGCGAGAGAUAGCGGGAUGAGUCUGGGCACAGGCAGUGGGACGGAUUCAGGCCGUGCGACACCGAACAGUAUUGGUGGUGGCAGCCUGGCUGGAGGGCUGGCCGAGGCCUUGAGGGCACGACAGAGUGCGAUGAGUGGGAGGCAUGGAAAGGAUGAGGACGAUGAUUGGUAGGAGUACAGUAGAGUUAGAGCAAGGCGUGACUUGAAAAAGAUGGACUUCGGUAGGAGUGGUGGAAUCAUGUAGUAUGAACGAUUAUGACAAGGACGGAAGAUAGCAAAAAAGGGAUUGUUAUUGCUCUUCUUGUUGUCAUUGUUGUUCUCAAGUGUCUUGCAUAGAGGUUCGUUGUCACCAUACAUAUUAAAGUUUCA